UUGUUGUAUGGUCGUCUGCCUUUAGCCACCCCAUAAUCUCUCUCUCUCUCUCUGAGCACUCUCGAUCGAUGAAAGAGUGAUAUUAUGACAACAAACAAAGACACUACUAACGUUGAUGAGUCGAAGCCUGGCCUCGAGUGUUGCAUGUGUGGGGAUUAUGGUUUCUCCCACGAUCUUUUCCAGUGCAAAGUUUGCGAAUUCAGAUCGCAGCACAGGUACUGUAGCAAUCUCUAUCCGAAGGCCGACGAGUCUUAUCGGAUUUGCAAUUGGUGUCUGAGUCAAAAGCAGGACCCCAAAGAAAAGUCACAGAACUCCUCCAACUCUUCAUCAUCGAACAAGAACCAAGGGGAAGAUGAGGGCAAGAACAACAAAGAGAAUGGAAACGUUGACAGUCUUGCAAUUCUGAAGGGUCAAAGAAGCACUUCGCAGUUAAAACUCAAUGGCCCCAUCAAGAAACAGAGAUCCCCGGGAGGACCGCCGUCGCCAUCGGCACGAAAGAGGAUCAUCACCAAUCCUCGUAUGGAGGAGAAGCUCAGGAGAAGGAAGUCAGAGGAGCUAUCAAACAGUAUUGGAGUCACCACCAGGCCUUUGUUCAGGAAUAAGGUGAGAAGGUAUAAGCUUUUGGAGGAGGUUUCAAGCUAAUUACUGACUUAUAUUGUGGUCCUUUUCUUUAAAAAUAAAUAAAUAAAUAAAUGUUUUGGUUUGGUUUACCCUCCAUAUAUAUAAAAACCAGAUAAAAAAGAGUAGUAGGGUUAGCAGGAUCCUGAUCUCGGAUUCCUUUCUACUCCUUAAUUUCUCUCUGAACUAUUUUGUAUAUAAUGUCAGUACUGUAAUUAAUUUGCUUGGUUUAAUAAAUAAUCAGUGAUGGAAAUUA